AUGGAAGAUAAAAUAGAAAAUGGAGGGAAGAAAUUUGAUAAAAAGCUGAAAGAAUUAAAACAGGAAAUGGAUAGGAUAAAAGAAGAUAUUAAGAAAAAGGAAGAAGAAGGAAACCAGGCUCGGGCAAUGUCAAAGGGUCACCCUGGGGAAAAGAUUGAGAAGAAAGAGGUGGUAGAGUUUUUCCAAACGGAGUUAGAAGUAGGAAAAGACGAAGAAGAUAUUGACGAAGUUAGGGAGCUAGGAUCAGAGAAGAAAAUAGUAUGGGUGAGGAUGAAGAACUGGGAAAAGAAAAAAGAGGUCAUGGUUAAUAAGGCUAAGUUAAAAGGCAAAAACAUAUUUAUAGAGGACGAUAGAACGAAAACAGAGCGAGAGGAGCAAAAAAAGCUGCAAAGAUGCGCCUGGGCGGCCAAAAAGAAGGAAAAAAGAAUGUGA